AUGGCUGAGAUAGCUGAUGCUACAUACAACGCACGAGACUUUCAAGAAAUCAUGGAAAUGGUUGAUAAGCGACUUAAUGACCAUGGAAAGAAUUGGAGACACGUAUUCAAGGCACUUACAUUAUUGGAUUAUCUAUUACAUUCUGGAUCUGAAGCAGUCAUAACUUACGCCAAAGAUAACAUCUAUGUCAUCAGAACUCUGAAAGAGUUCCAGUUCAUCGAUGAGGAAGGGAAAGAUCAAGGAGCAAAUGUACGUCAAAAAUCAAAAGAUUUGACAGCGCUUCUGAAUGAUGAAGCAAGAUUGAGAGAAGAACGAGCUGCCAGACAGGGAAUGCAAAACAGAAUCAGGGAAGAACCAACACCAAGUGGAAAUGGAAAUUACGAUGAAGAUGCUCAGCUAAGAAGGGCUUUGGAAGAGAGUAAACGAACAGCCGCUCUUGAUGAAGCCAGGAGAAGAGAGGGCAUGACGGACUUGGAAUUGCAAAGGACGCUAGAAUUACUAGCAGAACGAGAACAAAUGCAAUUAGAGCAACGAAGAAUUGCCAAUCAGUUGACCGGAGGCAGUACCUUUUCAUUUGAAAACAACAGCCCAACAGAAGAUUUCGAUCCCUUCCAACCUAAAUGGGGUGGUGGUAAAGACGUAAACCCCAUUGGGUCGACAUACAAUCCAUUCAUAUUUGAAGCUGAAGCUGGUAAAAUACGAUCACCUUCAAUGAGUACAUCCAACAGUGGCAACAAUCUUAAUAUGGUGGUUGGUAUGAAUCCUCUUCGACCACAAUUGACUGGUGAACCUAUGAGAACAACAUUCCCUGUCGAACCUCUUCGAACUCAACACACAGGCCCAUCUUCAUACGGUGUUGGUGGUGGUGGGGGAUCGCAAUUCGGAAGCGGAUUUGAUGGUGGUGUUGGUGCUAAACCGAUGCCUUAUCAGGGUAUGAAUGAUGCAAAUGCUCAGAUGGCGAAUAUGGCACGUAAUAGUUCUCAAAUAGAUCCUUUUGCCAAUCUCGCUGCUGGCCGAACCAACCCAAACAAUCAAUUUGGAAGUGGUGGCAUGGGCAUGGGAUCAUCAGGAAUGCCGCAACAAAACUAUGGUGGUGCUGGUAAUGGCUCUAUAAAUCCAUUUGGUGGAAACACCGGAAGCUCUUCAUCAGGAUUCGGUGGAGGCUCGAACUAUAAUACUAAUACUUUUGGCGGCUCAUCAGAUCCAAAUCCAUUCUCUGCUACACCUGGACCUGGUGCUAUGGUGUUGGCAUCGUCGAGUGGACCUUUUGGAAGUGGGUCGAGUGCCUUCCCAGGUCAAUCAACUCCAUUUGGUCAAUCGAAUUUUGGAGGACAGCAACAGUCCUCUGGAUAUGGAGUACCACAACAACAGCAAUCUGGAUUUGGAGGUAACACAGCACCAAAUCCAUUUGGUGGAGCCAACAACGCCUCUGCAUUUGGUGGAACGUCAUCUCAACCAUUUGGAGGCAACAACACUUCCCAACCGUUUGGUGGUGCCUCAUCACAACCUUUUGGAGGCAACACAUCUCAGCCAUUCGGUCAACAAUCAUCUCAACCGUUUGGUCAACCACAACAGCAACAGGCAGCCAAUCCAUUUGGUGGUAUGGGUAGUGGUGGCGGUGGUAUGACUACUCAACCAUUCGGUGGUGCUUCCAACAUCAAUAGUAAUAAUGCUUUUGGUCAACCGCAACAACAACAGCAAUUUGGAAAUCCGGCUUUUGGCAGCACUCCCUUUGGUCAACCUCAACAACAGCAACAGCAACCCUUUGGAAAUAAUAAUAACUUUGGUCAGCAGCCAUUUGGUACACAACCGCAACAACAACCACAACAACCAUUUGGCAAUAACACACAAUUCCAGAGGAAUCAGCUAGUAGCUGGCUCACCAGCCUUGACUACAUACGACGACGAAGACAAGUUUGAGCCUGAUAUCGACGACGAGACUAGAUACGAUUACUCCCAGAAUAGUCGUAUCCGAGCAUUCGCGAAUGGCAGUGGGAGUACCUCGCCGACUGAAGCAGAGAUACCGCGAGGAUUCCUUGCAGAGCUAGAGGACUCUGGUCAAAUCCAACGCACCUCAGAUCGAGGAAUUGGCUCCUUUGCCAAAAGAGCUAGCUCUUCUAUACCAUUGACCUCUGUCUCCUCGUCACGAUCUCGCGAGCUACUCUAUAAUUCAGAUCACCUUCCAUCAUCCCAAUUCUCAGACUUUCACACGACCUCAAACAACUCUAAUAACAGCAAUAAUUUAUUUAAUUCCUAUCUCCCUUCCACUUCUUCACGAACCUUUGAAAGACCGCCCACAUCAAGUCCUGGAUCAACCCCGCCAACGCAACCAUCACGUGUAACUAGCCCACUAUUUCGUAAGAUCUCAAACAUGUUUGGAACUGAUCAUGAUGACGAUGAUCCUACGCGUCUCAUUCAUUUAAAUGAUACGAUCAAAAAUGCUCAAAUGAAGUAUCUACAUAAUCGAGUCACUACCGCCAAGUAUAAUGUCUUGACCUUCUUGCCAAAAUUCUUGUAUGAGCAGUUUAGUAAAUCGGCCAAUUUGUUCUUUUUGUUUACUGCUUUUAUUCAGCAAAUCGGUGAUAUCUCACCUACAAACAAGGCCGGUACAGCUCUUCCAUUGAGCAUAGUCGUAUUCGCUUCAGCGGUAAAAGAAUUGAUUGAAGAUGCACGACGAACGAAAAUGGAUCAGGAAACCAACGCACGAUUAUGUAAAGUCCUGUCUGGAAACACAUUUGUAGAAAAGCCAUGGAGAGAUAUUGUUGUAGGAGAUGUUGUAAGAAUCGAAAAUGGACAGUUCUUCCCAGCUGAUUUGGUCUUGCUUUCGUCAUCUGAACCUGAAGGGCUCUGUUAUAUCGAGACUUCCAAUCUUGAUGGUGAAACCAAUCUCAAAAUCCGACAAGGUUUACAAGAAACUGCCAACAUAUUGACACCUGAACAAGUUGCUCGUAUGGAUGGUAUGAUCAAAUCAGAACAACCUAACCGGUCAUUGUAUACUUAUGAGGGUACUUUACGACUUGGUCAUGACGAGUUACCGUUGGAGCCUCUUCAGCUCUUGCUCAGAGGUGCCAUGUUGAGAAAUACUCGAUGGGUGUAUGCCGUUGUCGUAUUCACAGGUCAUGAAACGAAAUUGAUGAAAAACGCCACAUCUACUCCUACCAAAACGACAAAAGUAGAACGAAUGGUCAACAUACAAAUUCUGUACCUGUUUUUCAUUCUGUUGGCCAUGUCAGUGUUGUGUGCUUUGGGAACCUUGAUUCGAACGUACAAUUCACCUUGGGAAAGGGAAAUUUUACUCCUGUCUACUGAUGGUGCUCUUGGUCAGUUCUUCCUGAACAUUUUGACCUUUAUGAUUCUAUUCAACAAUUUGAUUCCACUCAGUUUGAUUGUAACCAUGGAAUUCGUCAAAUAUUUCUUGGGAACACUUAUAAAUGCCGAUUUGGACAUGUAUUAUGAAGUCAAUGAUACUCCAGCAACAGCUAGAACCUCAUCACUUGUCGAAGAAUUGGGUCAAAUUGACUACGUAUUUUCAGAUAAGACUGGCACCUUGACCUGCAACAUUAUGGAAUUCCGCAUGUGUAGUAUUGGUGGUAUUGCCUACUCAGACUCGGUACCUGAAGAUAAGAAGCCUCGCAUUGAUGAGAAUGGUCAAGAAGUGGGCUAUUAUGACUUUAAGAGACUGCAAGACAAUCGAAAGAAUGGAUCGCCUCAAGUCAGAGAAAUGCUACACGAGUUCUUGUGUCUCUUGUCUGUCUGUCAUACAGUUAUUCCAGAAACUAGUGAAGAUGAACCUGGUAAAAUCGUCUAUCAAGCUUCGUCACCUGAUGAAGGUGCUCUAGUUAAAGGUGCUGAGAUGCUAGGAUAUAUCUUCACCACUCGUAAACCCAAAACCGUGACAAUCGUUGUGGAUGGUCGAGAACAAGAAUGGGAAAUUCUCAAUAUCUGUGAAUUCAAUUCUACUCGUAAACGAAUGUCUGCUGUAGUCCGAGGACCAGAUGGUCGUGUCAAACUAUAUGUUAAAGGAGCUGAUACGGUCAUCUUAGAACGUUUAUCUCCUCUCGACAAUUUAUUCGUAGAACGUACCACCAGCCACCUAGAAGAUUAUGCUACAGAAGGGUUACGAACCUUGUGUAUUGCAUACCGUGAUAUUCCCGAAGAAGAAUAUCAACAAUGGACAUCAGUGUAUAAUAAAGCAGCUACAACCAUCAACAAUCGGUCAGCAGAACUCGACAAGGCUGCUGAAUUGAUUGAAAACAACUUGAUACUUCUCGGUGCUACAGCUAUCGAAGAUAAAUUACAAGAUGGUGUACCUGAUACAAUUCAUACUCUGAUGACUGCUGGUAUCAAAGUAUGGGUUUUGACUGGUGAUCGACAAGAAACCGCCAUCAACAUUGGAUACUCUUGUAAAUUGAUUACUGAAGAAAUGUCGCUGAUAAUAUGUAACGAGACAACGCACUUCGAGACGAAGGAUUUUCUACAAAAGAAAUUAGCUGCUGUUCAAGGUGGUUUACAAGGUACAGGUAACGAAAAUCCCUUUGAACAAGAGAGUGGAACUCCAUUGCUACCCUUCUGGCCAUUUAAGAAGAGGCGUGAGAAGUUGGAUAAACCUGAAUUCUCUACUGAAGUUGAGCCUCUUGCAUUAAUAAUUGAUGGAAAAACUCUUGAUUUCGCCCUGGAACGUGACAUUGAACUCAUCUUCUUGCAACUGGCCACACUCUGUAAAGCGGUCAUCUGUUGUCGAGUAUCACCAUUGCAAAAAGCCCUUGUAGUCAAACUAGUAAAGAAGAAUGUCAAUCGAGCUGUAACACUAGCAAUUGGUGAUGGUGCCAAUGAUGUCGGAAUGAUACAAGCAGCACAUGUAGGAGUAGGUAUAUCUGGUAUGGAAGGUCUACAAGCAGCCCGAUCAGCGGAUUUCGCUAUUGCCCAAUUCCGAUUCCUUCGUAAAUUGCUGCUUGUGCAUGGUGGAUGGGCGUAUAGUCGAAUGUCGAAACUGAUUCUGUACAGUUUCUACAAAAACAUCACGUUGUAUCUCAUUCAGUUGUGGUUUGCUUUUGAUAAUGCAUUCUCUGGACAGACCUUGUUUGAAUCAUGGACACUGGCUGCUUAUAACGUAGCAUUCGCUCUCUUCCAGCCUGUAGCUAUUGGUAUCUUUGACCAAUAUGUGUCAGCUCGUAUGUUGGAUCGAUACCCUCAGAUGUAUCAAUUGGGUCAGCGUGAAGUGUUUUACAACGAUAAAGCAUUCUUUGCAUGGCUAGCCAACUCAUUCUUCCAUUCCUUAUUCAUGUAUUACAUGAUUCGAGGGAUUUAUGGAGAGGGCACCAUUGAGCCAUAUGGUCUCCUGGGUGACAACUGGGUGUUUGGAGAGACUGUCUACACCGUAGUGUUGAUUACCAUUACUAUGAAGGCAGCUAUAGUGACGGAUCUAUGGGUCAAAUUUACUUAUAUUGCUAUAUUUGGAAGUAUUGCCUUGUGGUUUGUUCUCUUCCCUGUAUGGUCUGUUGUCGGACCAAUGCUACCUCUCUCUGCUGAGUUAUAUGGCAUCAUACCAAAGUUAUAUGGAAGUGCUGCAUUCUGGUUUAUCCUUAUACUGAUACCGUUUGCUGCUAACACGAGAGACUUCAUAUGGAAAUACUAUAAGAGAACCUACAUCCCCGAGUCAUACCACAUUGUGCAAGAGAUCCAAAAGUACAAUAUUCCAGAUUAUCGACCACGUAUGGAAUGGUUCCGUAAAGCAGUGCACAAGGUCCGUAUGAUUCAACGUCUAAAGAGGUCUCGUGGAUUUGCCUUCUCGCAGAACGAAGGUGGUCAAGAGCACUUGAUUCGUGUGUAUGAUACUACUCGAAGGAAGCCAAGAGGUUGA